AUGCCUCCACCCAAAGCUGCAAAAAGCGAAUACAUUGAAACAGACACAGGCAACAAAAUCUCCCGAAGAUCCCAAAUCCACGGCACACAACACAUCAUCCUAGGCGGCAAAACAGUAAUCCAAGCCGAAGCCGUAAUUCGCGGCGACCUCUUCCGCAACCCAUCAACAACCCCGGACCCCAACAACCCCAGCACACCCACCCAAUCCUCCAACGCGCCCAGUGUCGCCAUAAACGUCGGGCGCUACAGCUACAUAUCCAAAAAUGCAAUUUUGAGACCACCUAGUCGCCUCCAUCGCGGUACGCACUCGUUCUACCCGCUCAAGAUCGGUGACCAUGUGUUUGUUGGCGAGGGUGCUGUUAUUGAGGCUGCGCAGCUGGGGAACCAUGUUCAUGUUGGGAAGGGGGCUGCUGUUGGUAGUAUGGCUAUUAUUAAGGACUAUGCUUAUGUGCUGGAUGGUGCGGUUGUACCGCCUGGAAUGGUGGUGCCGAGUUGGUGUGUUGUUGGUGGGAGGCCGGCGAGGAUUGUCGGGGAGGUUGGGGAGGGGUAUGGUGUAGAAGGGGCUGAUGGGGGUUUGGCUAGGGAGAGGUAUAGGCUUGUUGGUAAGCCUUAA